UCAUGACUUUCAACAGCCAAUCAGAUGAAAGCCUCGAGAACAAAACUUUUGGUGUUUUCAUCAUCUGCUCACUUUUCAGCAGCUCCUUCUGAGGGUUGUUUCAGCUAUGAAGAUAAAACAACUGUGGAUUUUUGUCUUAUCUCUGAAUAUAAUAACCUCUGCUCAAGAUGUCGAUUCUUUCAGACCAUCAUUUCUAUCAUUCAUCACAGUGAAGUCUGGAGAGCGUCUUUCCCUUAACUGCACAUUUAAAAAACUUCCAAUAUCUGAAACUGUGGUUUGGUACAAACAAAAAUUUGGAGAAAUGCCUCAAAAAAUCGGAGAAACAUUAGCAUUUAAAGAGGUCGAAAUUUCCCCUGUUUUCAUUAAGUUAGGAUUUACAUUUUCUAGGACUGAUGACGGCUUUCCUCUGACGAUUCCACAUAUAAAUAAAGAUCAUGGAGGACUUUAUUUCUGUGGAAAAAUUCACUUGGACACGCUCACAUUAUCUAAUGGAACGUUCGUGUCUGUAACAGGUGAUGAAGAUGUAAAAGUUUCAGUGAACCAAAGCAGUGUUUUGAACUCGGUUCCUGCAGGAGCAUCAGUGACUCUGCAGUGUUCGGUUCUCUCUGAGAGCAGAGCAGCAGAACUCCAAGUGCUCUGGUUCAGAGCUGCUCCAUCACAAUCCCAUCCUCAAAUCAUUUACACUCAUCACAACAGCAGCCUUCAGUGUGAGAGUGAAUCUUCUACACACACCUGUGUGUACAACUUGUCCAAGAACAUCUUCAGCCUCAAUGAUACUGGUACUUACUACUGCGCUGUGGUCCUGUGUGGGAAGAUCAUUUUCGGGAAGGGAACACGAGUACAGCUGGAGGAUGAUCUAAACUCUGUGAGACCUGAAGUGAUCUGUCUCACAGCAGUGGUGGUCGUGUGUGUGAUUGUGAUCUGCGUUCAAGCUUUUAUUAUCUGUAAAACGAGAAACUGUGAACAAUCUGGAGUGACACCUCAAAAAGAUUCAGUUAUAAAGAAAACACCAGACCAGGGCGGUGAUGCAGUAGAGCUGAAUUACGCUGCUUUACAUUUCAAUAAGAAGAACACCAAAAGAGUGAAGAGAAAGAAAGAAAAUCCUGGAGAUUGUGUUUAUUCAGAAGUGUCACAUGUUUCCUAGAUCAUACUUCAAGUUUCAAUCGGCUUUUAUUUAUAAAAAAUUUUUUUCGUAAUGUUUAUUAUAAAGAAGUGAGGUUCAU